GUAUGACACAUGUAUGACAUUUAAGAGAAAUCCAAAAUCUAAUUUUGUAUCUGUUUUAAUUUUAAUAUAAAUAUUCAUUAAGUUUCUUAAUCUUGAUAUUGUGCUAAUAGUGAUGUCGAAUUAAGCAAAAAUAAUAUAAAACACUGACGUAUAAUAAUAAUAAUAGCACACUCCUGAUAAGAGAAUGAAAUGGAUCCAACAGAUCAUAAAAAAAUUAACUUAGAAGAGUUAUCAAAGGAUGAUUUAUUAAAACGUUAUAAAGGUUUAGUAAUACUAGUGCAAAAAAUUAAAGCUUCCAAAGCAGAAUUGGAAGAGGAAAAUAAUACAUUAAAAGGGCUUAACGAGGAACAAUCAAAGACAGUAUCACAAGAAAUCGUUGAUAAGUUUACUGAAGAAAAGUUAUUUUUUGUUUCCGAAAUUAAUGAUUUAAAGGAAAAAAAUAAUUAUUUAAAGAGCGUAAAUAUCAAUUUAGAAAAAGACAUAAGUUCUUUCAAAGAAUUGCAAGAAAAAUACAAUUGGCUUGAAACUGAAAAUAGUUCAUAUUGUAGGCAGAUAUCUCGGUUAACAGAAGAAAAUGAACAGCUUUUCACUGAUUUGUCUACAUUAGAAAUACAAAUAUCAGAACUGAAUAAGUUAGGUAAGCAACAACAGGAAGAGUUAUUACAAUUAGAAAAGAAAAAUGAAACUAAUUUAACAGAUUUACAAAGUAAACUCUCAGAGAUGUGUUUAGAAAAUGAAGCUUUAACUAAUAAAUUACUUUCCAAAGAACAUGAAGUCAUUCAGUUGUCUAUAGAACUAGAAAACUUAAAAUCUAAAAGCAAUUCAACUAGUGAUAAUAUCUGUGUUAAAAACACUGAAGAUUUAGAAGUUAAAAUUGAUAGUGAUAGCAAAAAACUAUUAGAAAGUCAGAAGCAAAAUAAAAACUUAAAGGAUAAGUUAAAAUGUUAUCAUACAAAACUUAAGAAAUUUGCAUUAAAUACAAAAGAAAUAAAAGAGCAAAAAAAUGAAAUAAUUAAAAAUUUUAAAGCAUACAUUAUUCAGAUAAAAGAAUGGAAAGAACAGCUGUAUAUUGCUAGCAAUAAUUUAGUUAAAGUUAUUAAUAAUCUUGAAACAGAAAAUAAAGUUUUAAAAGAGUAUAAGGAAGAUAAAAUUAAAGAACUUAGUGAUCAAUUGCUAUUGCAUCAAAUAGAAUUAAAAAGCCUUAAUGAAGAGAUUUUUAUAAAAGAAAAAAAAUAUAAAGAGGACAUCGAUAAAUUAAAUAUGACUCUGCGAGAAUCUUUAGCUACAGAAAAACAACUGGCAGUAGAAUCUAGUUCAGAAAUUUUGAGACUUAAACAUAGCAAUAAGAAUUUGGAGGAUCAAAUUACUCAGAUGACAGAAAUGUUCAAUAAAGGAAAUAAAUCUGAAAUUUCUACAAUGUCACAAACUGAUGAUAAUCUAAUACUUCUUACUAGUUCUGGUCCUACCAGUAACGAAAACGGCAUCAAUCUUAAAAGGGAAAAUUCGGAACUGUUACAUGAAAUGAACCAGAUGAAUCAAGUUUUAAAGGAAAGAGGUGAAAUAAUAUCAAAAUUAGAAGUGCGUUGUGAAGAAAUUACAAAGAAAUUACAAUUUUACGAAGCUCAAGCAAAUAAAAGUGUAGAUUCAAUUACUGAAAAAGAUGGUAUUAUAAAGAAACUUACCCUUGAGAAUGAAUCCUUAAAAAAUAUGAAUAUAAAAAAAGAUUUUACCUAUAUAUCAACAAAUACUUGUAUUCCAGAAAAUAGUUAUGUUGAAAGUGAUACAAUGUCAACAUCUACAAUUUCAAGAACUGAUGAAAGUAACCGUUUAAAGGAAUUUGAGGGACCGUGGGAAGAAAGAUAUGGUAAACUUAGAACUCUGGCUAUUAAGUUAAAAAGUAAAGUUAAAGAACAAAGUGGUAUUAUAAAUCAGCUUGAAAGUGAAAGAGAAGAUUUACAACAGAAAUUAUCAAAUAACUUAAAAACAAUUCAGAAUUUACAGAAUGAAAUUGACACCCAGCAAGAUAAGUUUAACCAACUUAAUGUUGAAAAUAAAAAAUAUAUCACUAAACUCAAUUCUGUUGCUGAAACUAUAUCAAAGGACAAGCUAAUAUUAGUUGAAAAAGAUGAAUUAGCUGCAACACUAUAUAAAGAGAUUGAACAAUUAAAUAAUGAAAAAAAAACUGUUGAAGCUUGGAAAAAGCAAAUCAGUUCCAAAGUACAAACUCUUAGAAAGGAGUUGGAAGCCAAAAAUUUAGUAAUAAAAUCAUUUGAGUCUAAAGUAACUAAACUGGAAUUGGAAUUGGAAAUUAAAGGGAAGGAGUUAUUAACUGAACAAGAAAACCACAAGCAAACUAGAGAUCUUUUAGAUGAAACUACUAGUAUUAGCAAGAAAAAUUCAGUGCUAAACUUAGAAAUGAAAGAUUAUGAGAAAACUGUGAAAGAACUACUUCAAAAAAUUGAUCAGCAAACAAGUGAUAUAGAAAAUUUGCAAUCACAGCUUGAUAUACAAAAAAUGACUGUUAGUGCUCUAAAAGAGCAAACUAAGACUCUUGAAGGACAAAGAGAGGAGAAUGAACAAGCAAACAAUUCAUUUAUUGCAGAAAUUGAUGCAUAUAAAAAAAAAGAAAUUGAUUUUGAAAACAUUGUGCAACAGAAAGAGACACAAAUUUUGGAUCUUACCAAAGCAUUUCAGUCUGCAAAAUCUGAAAAUGAAGAACUAUCAACUGAACUUUCUAAGGUAAUUGCAGAUAAUCAGAAGUUUACCCACAGUCUUAAAUAUGACAGAGAUCAAUUAAGAAACCAUGUAUCAAGUCUCCAACAAAGUUUAAGAGAAGCAUCAGAUAAGUUAAUUUUGAAAGAAGAUGAAUUAAGGAUUCUUAAAGAUGAUUAUGAAACAUAUAAAGUUAGAGCUCAAAGUGUACUUAAAAAGAAUCAUACAAGGGAUUUAGGUCUAGAAGAAAAAUUGUCUGAAGAGGUUACUACAAUUAAAUCAUAUAAUAGUGAAAUCCAAAAUGAGUUACAGGUUUCAAAAGAGCAUUUGCAUAAGGCUAAUUUAAACAAUGAACAGCUGACAUCUGAAAACAAUAAGCUUCUUAAAAAAUGUCAAGAGUUGCAAGAGGAAAUAGAGGAACUAAAAUGUCAUUAUGAGAAGCUGUCUGAAAAACAUCAAACAUCAACUUUGGAACACUCUGAAACAAUCAGAAACUUAAAAGUUCAUGCUGAAACUCUUGCACAAUGUUAUCGUCAAAAACUUUCUGAACAAGAGAUGCGACAUAAUAGAGAAAUAAUUGAAAUACAAAGUCAUAAUGAUAAACCAGCUUCACCUGUAGAAACCACACUUGUUCAUCCCAAUAUGUUGAGAGAAGAAGGUGAAGGUUCUGAAAACACAGAUUCAGUUCAGCCUAGCAAAGUCUACCCAGUUCCGUUGGAAAGAUUGCUAAGCUCAAAAACCGACGAGGAAACAAACGUAAUUAAAAAACAAGUGCUUGAGCAAGAAUCCAAGGUUUUACAUUUAACUGCAUUAUUGUCAGAUACUGAACAAGAUUUAGCAAAACAUGUUCAAAUGAACAAACUACUAAAGGAGGAAAUUAGACGUCAUCAGAGAUCGUUAGAGAGAGAACAACAUGCCGAAAAUUUGGAGUAUUUAAAAAAUGUUGUAUUUAAAUUUCUGACUCUAAACAGUGGGGAUGAAAGAAGCCGAUUGGUUCCAGUUUUAAAUACAAUUCUUAAAUUAAGUCCGGAAGAGACACAAAAAAUAAAUAUGGUUGCUAAAGGUGAUCCUGGGAUUAAAGCUUGGGCUAGUUAUUUACCUUUAUGGUCGCCUAAUAAACCCCAGUAAUAUUUAUUAUUUGUUUAAAUAUUUGUAAUUAUAUUUAAAAUAUAUUUUAAAAAUAC